CCCGACCCGUCCCCAUCCCCGUCCCCAGUCCCCACGGGGCCGCGGAGCAGGAAGGCAGGCAGCGGCUCCGAGCCCUCCCCCCGCGUGGGCCGCAGCCCCGCGGGGAGUCCGGGUCCCCAGGGCGACGACCCCAUGGCCACGGGCCUGGAGCAGCGCCUGGGCAGCCCCGCCGCCUUCACCCGCGACGACUUCGACGGCCACUGGCGCCGGUUGGCCAGCGGCGGCUUCGGCCAGGUGUUCCAGGUGCGACACAGGCUCUGGGGGACCGAGUACGCCGUCAAGUGCUGUCCCUGCAGCCAGCGGGAGGCCACCAGUUCUGAUGUGGAUUGCCUCCUUGAAGAAGCCGCCAAAAUGGAGAAGAUCAAAUUUCAGCACAUCGUGUCCAUCUACGGGGUGUGCAGGCAGCCCCUGGGCAUUGUGAUGGAGUUCAUGACCAACGGCUCCCUGGAGAAGAUGCUGCCCACGCACAGCCUCUCCUGGCAGCUCAAGUUCCGCAUCAUCCACGAGACCAGCCUGGCCAUGAACUUUCUCCACAGCAUUAAGCCACCUCUGCUCCACCUGGACCUCAAGCCAAGCAACAUCCUCCUGGACAACAACAUGCAUGUCAAGAUUUCAGACUUCGGCCUGUCCAAGUGGAUGGAACAGUCAACCGGGAUGCAGUGCAUCCAGAGGUCAGCUCUGCGGGGCACCCUCAGCUACAUCCCCCCUGAGAUGUUCUUGGAAAGUAACAAACCCCCAGGGCGCAAGUACGAUGUGUACAGCUUUGCGAUCAUCAUCUGGGAGCUCCUCACUCAGAAGAAACCAUAUUCAGGCUUCAACAUGGUGACUAUUGUUGUCCGAGUGGCCGCAGGUAUGCGGCCCUCCCUGCAGCCUGUCUCCGAUGAGUGGCCAGGUGAGGCCCAGCAGAUGGUGAACCUGAUGAGGCGCUGUUGGGAUCAGGACCCCAAGAAGAGGCCCUGCUUUUCAGACAUCACUGUUGAGACAGACAUGCUACUGUCCCUGCUCCAGAGUCCUGUGGCAGACCCAGAGAGUGAGGCUCUGGCCAGGAAGGUGUCCUGCAAGCUGUCUCUGCCCCGGCCAGGGGAGGUCAUUGAAGAGGUCAGCCCACAGCUAACAGACAGUGACUUGGGAGACUACCUGAAGCGGGUCCUGCAGCUCUCGGACACUGGGGACCCAGUCCCAAGCGAUGAGGGGCUGCGCAUCUACGAGAACAAAGUCACUCCCCUCCACCUCCUGGUGGUGCAGGGCAGCGUGGAGCAGGUGAGGCUGCUGCUGGCCCUCGGGGUCCACGUGGACUGCCGGACAGCCUGCGGCUACACGCCCCUCCUCAUCGCCACCCAGGACCAGCAGCCCGACCUCUGCGCCCUGCUCCUGGAGCGUGGGGCGGACGCCAACCUGGCAGAUGAAGAGGGCUGGGCGCCGCUGCACUUUGCGGCCCAGAACGGAGACGACCGUACUGCCCGCCUGCUCCUGGACCACGGCGCCCACGUAGAUGCCCAGGAGCACGAGGGGUGGACCCCGCUCCACCUGGCUGCGCAGAACAACUUCGAGAAUGUGGCACGUCUUUUGGUCUCCCGCCAAGCUGACCCCAACGUGCGUGAGGCGGAGGGCAAGACCCCCCUCCACGUGGCCGCCUACUUUGGCCACAUCAGCCUGGUCAAGCUGCUGACAGGCCAGGGGGCUGAGCUGGAUGCCCAGCAGAGAAACCUGAGGACACCACUGCACCUGGCAGUGGAGCGAGGCAAAGUGAGGGCCAUCCAACACCUGUUGAAGAGUGGGGCGGCUCCCGAUGCCCUAGACCAGAGUGGCUACAGCCCACUGCACCUGGCAGCUGCCAGGGGAAAGUAUCUUAUCUGCAAGAUGCUGCUCAGGUAUGGGGCCAGCCUCGAGCUGCCGACCCAGCAGGGCUGGACACCCCUACAUCUAGCAGCCUACAAGGGCCACUUGGAGAUCAUCCACCUGCUGGCUGAGAGCCACGCAGACCUGGGGGCUCCUGGAGGCAUGAAGUGGACGCCCCUGCACCUGGCUGCCCGCCACAGGGAGGAGGUGGUGGUGUUAGCACUGCUGCAGUGUGGAGCUGACCCCAGUGCCGCUGAGCAGUCUGGCUGGACCCCCCUCCAUCUGGCUGUCCAGAGGGGCGCCUUCCUGAGUGUCAUCAACCUCCUGGAGCACCGUGCAGACGUCCAUGCCCGUAACAAAGUGGGCUGGACGCCGGCCCACCUGGCUGCCCUCAAGGGCGACGUGUCCAUCCUCAAAGUGCUGGUGGAAGCCGGUGCCCAGCUGGACAUCCGGGAUGGGGUGGGCUGCACACCCCUGCAGCUGGCCCUCCAGAACCAGAAGCAGAACAUGAUCGCCUUCCUGGAGGGCAAGGGGCCCCCACUGGCCACCCUGGGUGGCACUGAGCCUGCAGCCCAGACCGAAGUUUAAGCAACCAGGGGCCUUCUCACCGGUGAGGAAGAGGGGUUGGUGGAGGUGAAGCUGGGUUCUGGCAAGGCCCCUUCCCCUGUACUUGCCCCCUGCCCCUGAGCUCACAGGGACCCUUGCAUCCCGGGAGCCUUCCCUGAAGGUGAAGGGAGGCACAGAGAAGGGAAAUGCUCCCUCCCAGCUGCUGCCUGUGUGACCUGGCCCUGAUCCCCAGCAAGACAGGACAGCCAGGCACGUGCUUCUUUUCAAAAGGGGCAGGAGCUAAAAGUUGGGAGGAAAUUUCCGCCCACUCUUUGAAGCCCCGUCUGGUCCCCAGUUGCCACAUGGACCACACUGUCCCAGUGGGCCUGGCUCCAGCGCCUGGCUCUCCCAUGUGGUUUCAGGGGUGAAGGACCGGUGUGCUCCAGGUGCCCAUGCAUGAUCCUCUGUGGACACUCCGGCCCUGGCCUCCCCUGCCUCCCCUUCACCGUGUCUAGUUAUAUGGCCAAGUUUCAAACCCUGAUGUCAAUAAAACUGUGGACCCGAGUCUCCCCUUUGGAGAUGGGCUGACCUGAA